AUGGCCAACGCAGUCGGUUGCUGCGAAAUCAUCAUCGCCUUUUUCCUCCCCUUCGUCGGUGUCUUCAUGCGCACCGGCUGCAGCUGCGAUCUGCUCAUCAACAUCUGUCUCUGCAUCCUGGGUUGGAUUCCUGGUGUCAUCCACGCCUACUACAUCUUGGCCAACAAAUAG